AUGGCCGCCCGCCGGUCCCUUGCCCGUUCUCUCCCCACACUCCGCGCUGCAUCUCCCCGCACGAGUCUUGCCAACGCAUCGUCUGCCAGGUCAGCAACGUCGCGUUCUCUAAUGACUGCCUCGAUGUCUUCUUCUUCAGCUCUUGCUCGUCGAGCUUCCUCUGUUACUUCUUCUUCUCCCGCUUCCAACGUUGCUGUGCGCAGACUGCACGCCACCGCCCGCCAAAUGACCCCCGCAACUACUUCCGCGGCUACUACCGCUACCGAGUACCCGACGGACCACAAACAGAUUGCUAAUCCAAUUGAUACGGCCAACUUUCUGGACAACGAGUUUGUCGCCUCUAAGGCUACAACUUGGAUCGACCUCCAUGACCCCGCCACCAACAAUCUCGUUACCCGUGUCCCUCAAAGUACAGAUGAGGAACUGCGGGCGGCAGUGGAGUCCGCCGAGAAGGCAUUCCCAGCAUGGCGGGCAAUGAGCGUGAUUGCCCGGCAGCAGAUUAUGUUCAAGUUCGUCAGUCUGAUUCGUGCCAACUGGGACCGUCUCGCUGCGUCUAUCACUCUCGAACAGGGCAAGACUUUUGCCGAUGCCAAGGGUGAUGUUCUCCGUGGGUUGCAAGUUGCCGAGACCGCCUGCGGCAUUACUACGCAGCUUACAGGAGAGGUGUUGGAAGUUGCUAAAGAUAUGGAGACCAGAAGCUACAGGGAGCCCUUGGGUGUGGUAGCAGCUAUUUGCCCCUUCAACUUCCCCGCAAUGAUUCCUCUUUGGUGCAUUCCCAUUGCUACCAUCACGGGUAACUGUUUAAUCCUUAAGCCGUCGGAGCGCGACCCUGGCGCUGCCAUGAUCUUGGCGGAGCUGGCUAAGGAAGCUGGCUUCCCCGCUGGUGUUGUCAACAUCGUCCAUGGCUCUGCGAAGACCGUUGACUUCAUCAUUGAUGAGCCUGCCAUUAAGGCCAUCAGCUUUGUCGGUAGCAACCGUGCUGGUGAGUACAUCUACACUCGGGGUUCUGCCAAUGGCAAGCGUGUCCAGGCCAAUCUGGGAGCCAAGAACCAUGCAGCUGUUCUUCCCGACUGCAACAAGAACCACACCCUGAAUGCUAUCGUGGGAGCAGCUUUUGGCGCUGCUGGCCAGCGCUGCAUGGCCUUGAGCACUGUGGUCAUGGUUGGCGAGACCGAGGAAUGGCUCCCUGAGAUCGCAGAGCGUGCCAAGGCAUUGAAUGUCAACGGCGGAUUUGAAGAGGGAGCCGACCUUGGCCCUGUUAUUAGCCCGGAGAGCAAGAAGCGCAUCGAAGAUUUGAUUGCCAGUGCAGAGAAGGAGGGCGCAAAGAUCCUUUUGGACGGAAGGGGCUACAAGCCUGAGAAGUACCCCAACGGCAACUUUGUCGGCCCCACCAUCAUCACGAAUGUCACCCCUGAGAUGACCUGCUACAAGGAAGAGAUAUUCGGCCCUGUUCUGGUCUGUCUUAGCGUCCCUACUCUUGAGGAUGCCGUCGACCUCAUCAACAAGAAUGAAUAUGGUAACGGAGCUGCCAUCUUCACUUGCUCCGGUUCUACUGCCUCACGUUUCCAGAAGGACAUUGAGGCUGGACAAGUUGGCAUCAAUGUCCCCAUCCCGGUCCCUCUUCCCAUGUUCUCCUUCACUGGCAACAAGAAGAGUAUCGCCGGCGGCGGAGCUAAUACAUUCUACGGCAAGCCUGGCUUGCAGUUCUACACUCAGCAGAAGACUGUGACGAGCUUGUGGCGGAGCGAGGAUGCUGUCAGCACCAAGGCGCAUGUUGUGAUGCCCACUCACCACUAA